GUCGUCAACUUGCCACAGAAUAGAUGUCAGCCAUCAUUGUUGUGAAUCUUUGAGCUGCUCCAAUAUAAAUUUCUCAGUUUCAAAAUUUUCGUUCAUAAAAUCUACAAUCUAAAAAAUAAAAUUUUUUGGCCCAUACCGCCACAAUCGCAACAACGCGCCGGAAAAACAAAAAUUUAAAGUCUAACAACUGCAACAAAAUUUAAAGAGUAUUUUUGUUUCAUAACCACAGACUAAUUGAUUCGUUUUCUUGGUUUUUGGUAAAAAGUACAAAAUUUGUAGUAACUUUAAGGAGAGCGAGAACAAAAAAAAUUGAGCAGAAUGUCAGUCGUCUCAAAGAACUUGCGGUCGAUCAAAAGCCUGAGCCAAAUUGGACUGGCCAAAAGCAUGUUCAUAGAGGGAGGAGUCAAUGGAUUGAUUAUCAGAGAUAUAUCCAGCCGUCGGCGUGGACUUCCCAGAUGUCCACCUCAGGUGUCCACCCAGAAUCAACAGAGACAUUGGAAUAGCGAUUAUAAGGAGAACCGAUCCAAUGCAAAUCCGAUAAUGCGUUAUGUGGCCCCAACACGGCGCAACAACAUCUUGACCGCUCAGAAUGCAGCCAAACAGCGUCGUCAUCAGGAGUACAAUGAGAUGAACAGAAUGGACGAUGUGAACAGAGAAAACAGGAAUCGCCUCAAGGAAGUGCUAAUCAGAGGGCAGAACCGGACGAACUUAACCAUUUCAGAAGAAGAGGCUCGUCAGCUGGCCACAAAUGAGGGCACCACGUCAUCAACUCUUCCUUCAGAAGAAAUGGAUUUGAAAAUUGACAUCGUUUCGACAGACAAAAAGAAGCAGCCUCAAGACCAAAAGCGAAAUUCCAACCCAAUGACAAAAAUGAAUACGGCAGAGGAAGAUCUUCGCACUGUACGCGAAACAAUCUUUGGUUCCGUAGACGAAGAUGAUGAAGAUUCUCUUACCGACUGUCUGUCCGAUGAUCUAUUCAAACGUGUUUCGGCCCAGAAAAUACAUCUCAAGGAAGCUGUCAUUUGCAAGAAGGUUCGCUCACCGUAUUCAUCGUAUGUAAACCAUCGUAAUCGUUGGGCCGAGUUCCGUCAUAGCAUGAUCUAUGGCCGUGCAUCAUUCUAAACACCAGGACUCAAUUCGGAUAAUUCACUUAAAAAAAAGAAAGAAAAAAAUAAUAAUCAGGACUCAGUUUGGACAAUUCACUUGAAAAAAGAAAAAAUAAUCAGGACUCAGUUUGGACAAUUCACUUGAAAAAAGAAAAUAAUCAGGACUCAGUUUGGACAAUUUGCUUUAAAAAAAAAAACGGAACAACAAUACAAUGAUGUGUCUUCGGUGUUGAUUUUUUCCAAAAUAUAUCCCAUAAAAUUUGCAAGACCUAAAUGCGUUCGGAAAAAAUAAAAAUAUCAACACAAAAUCUGGGAACUUUUCUUUGUUAAAAAGAGGUUUUCAAUGAGAAUAUUUUAUAAGUAAAACAACUUCAUUUGGAUACGGAAUCACUUUGGGACAUAGUGAAAACAAAAAUACUGACUAAGAUGUGUAUGCAAUUUAUAAUUUAUAAUCUGUUUAUCAGAAAUUUCUAUCGAUAUUAAAAUUGCAUACAAAUGAAA